CCCCAAGGAAGGAAGAAGGGACGGGGCGCUUGCAGCCGCCCUCCCCGGCCCCCCCCGCCUCUUCCCGUUAAGCAUGGACGCCCGCUCCCUGGACGCGGCGGUGCAGAGCGCCCUGCGAGCCCUGUACCCGCCCUUCGAAGCCACGGCGCCCACGGUGCUCGGCCAGGUGUUUCGCCUCCUGGAGACCAGCUACCGGGGGGACGGGCUCUGCUGCCUCCUCGACUUCCUCAUCCCGGCCAAGCGCCUCUUCGAACACGUGCGGCAGGCGGCCUGCGCUCCCUACUUCAACUGCAUCUUCCUCCACGAGGGCUGGCCGCUGUGCCUGCGCGAGAAGGUGGUUGUGCACCUCGCGCCGCUCAACCCCCUCCUGCUGCGCUCCGGCGACUUCUACCUGCAGGCCGAGCCCUGCGCGGGGCGCGCGGCUCGCCUCACCGUCAAGCACCUCUCCCGCGACCUGCGCACGGUGCGGGAGACGCCCGUCCCCGAGGCCACCUACGCGCUGCUCUUCACCAACGAGUGGCUGGAGGAGAUCAACUGCGAGCACGACGGCGCCCCGCUGCACACCUGCCUCGUGGCCACCGAGGACGGCGUUGCCCCGCUGCCCUGGAGCAGCAUCGCCACGCCGGAGUUCGUCGACGGGGCCGGCGCGGGGCCCGGCUGCGCGGCGGGGGCGGCGGGGGCGGCGGGGGCGGCGGCGGGGACGUCCUCCCCCGCGGCAGCCCCGAGCCGCCGCGCGGCCGCGGAGCCGGCGCCGCCGGGCGCCCCCGGGCCCCUCUGCACGGCCGACGCGCCGCGGCCCUACGGCAACGUCGCGGGCCCCGUCCCGGGCUGCAAAGAUGCGUCUCAAAGGUCCGGCCAGGGAAAAUACCCAGGACUUAUCAAAGUGGCCCAGCUGGGGCCGCGGAAGAAGCCGGCCACGCUCGUUGUGCCCAGCUUGCGCGAGAUCGUCAGCCAGAACCUGGAGGGGGAGUACGUGGACCUGCUGGAGCUGUCCGAGGAGAAGCUGGACCUGCUGGCCCGGUCGCUGCCGGGGCCGGGGGGCCGCGGCGGCCUGGCGCCCGGCUCGGGGGCCGCCUGCCCGCCCUGCCGGGGCAGCGGGCACCUCGCCGGCGAGCCCUGCUGCUACGGCUCCCGGUGCCGCCACCGCGACUCCUACCUGGCUGCCCUGCAAAACCCCGUGAGCUUCGGCGCUGGGCUCAUGGCAGCCAUCCGGGAGGAGCCCGACGGCCCCGGGCCCGCGCCGCCCCCGGCUGCCGGCGGCAGCCCCGUGCUCCGCUCCCGCGCGGCGGCGGCGGCAGCGGCGGCGGCGGGGGACCCUGGCGCGGAGGCGGAGGAUGCCGCCAAGCAGGGCAACCUCAAGCUGCUCAAGUCCCCGGCUCGCGCGGAGGUGACGGGCUCCGGCCACAAGUUCUCCUUCCUGAAGGGCCAGCGGCACGGGGCAGCGCCCGGGGACGGCUCCGCCGCGGCCCGAGCCGCCAGCCACCCCCAGGCGCCCUGGAAGAAGAUGUCGGCGAUUUACUCUCCCAGGAUGAGCAGAGCGAAACUCGCCGGGAAAGGUCCGGACCCGGCGGCCGGCGCCUCCGCGGACGACGGGGCCCCGCCGGGCGCCAGCGGCCGCUCUGCGCCGGGCGCGGGCCGGGAGCGCGGCGCCCCGCGGCCGCCGGCCUGGCAGGAGCUGCACGCCGGGCUCCUGCGCUCCGGCGUCGUGCGUCUGCCAGGGAGCACUGACAAGCUGGGCCACGCCAUCAUCCAGGUGACCACCAGCAGCACGGCCUGGGAGGCCGCGUGGUGCUCUGCCAGCGAGCUGGCGCGACUCGUCCUCUACCUCUGCUCCCUCCCCAGGAAGGAGGCGAAGGAUGGCGGGCUGACGGUUGUCGUGGAUGCGAGGAAGCAGCCUCCGCCGCCGGUGCUGUUCGCGGCGCUCCGCAGCGUGCAGAGCGCGGCGCCGGGCUCCGUCCGGGCGGUGCUGCUGCUCGCCGAGAAGGAGCUGCCAGGGCCCCGCGAGAAGCUGCCCGGCGUGCAGGUGGAGACCCUGCCGUCGCUGAAGGCGCUGGGCCGCUACGUCGACAGCUCCCAGGUGACGCCAGACCUGGACGGCACCUUCCCCUACCGCCACAGCGAGUGGGUGCAAUUCUUCCAGGAGCUGCAGCCCUUCGCGGCCGGCCUGCGGCAGGCGUCGGAGCUGCUGCGGAGCUGCAUCCGGGAGCUGCGCGCAGCCGACGGCCCCGCGGGGCUGCAGGAGGUGGCCGCCCGCAUUGCCCGGCACAGGGAGCUGAUGCGGAGGGUGCUGAGCGACCCGCAGCUCGUCGGCCUGCAGCGCGACGGCGGCGCCGUGCUCGCCCGGCUGCGCAGGGCGGCCGCCCGCCUCGGCGCCUCGCCCCACGCCAGGAGCAGCCUCGAGGCGGCCGAGGAGCUCUACAGUCAGCUGGAGGAGGAAGUCCACGACCUGGUGUCCAAGUCCAACAGCUGCCUGGAGCGCCUGGAGUUCCUCCGGAAGACCACGGAGCUGCAGGCCGAGUUCAGCGAGCUCGGGCGCUGGCUGGACGGCGAGGCAGCGGCUCGGCUGGAGGAAAUGGGCGCCCAGGAGUGCAGCCCCGGCGGCAUCGAGAAAUCCUUCGAGCAGUUUAAGGAGUUCCUCACUCAGGCUGCAGCGCGGUACAGCCGCGGGCUGGCUCUGUGUCAGGAAGCAGCUGAGCUCCAAGACUCGGUUUUCCCCGAGGCAGACCCCUUCCAGGCAGCCGCUGCCCUUUUUCGGACCAAGCUGACGAGCUUCCACGCGGCCACGGAGCGACGGCGGGCUGAGCUGGAGAUGCUGCGAGAGCUCUGCAGCUUCUCCAGCGAGAUCGCAUGGCUCAACCUGGACUGCAAACGCUGCUCGGGCAGCGCGAAGCGCGGGGAGAGCCAGGCGGGGAACCUGGAGGCGCUGCAGGGCCUCGAGAGCUCCUUCCAGAAGCUGUCGGUGGACCUCUCCCUGGAGAAGCUGCAGGAGAUGAAGGCCCACGUGCGCGCGAUGCAGAGCAGCCACGGGCCGGCAGCGUGGACCGCGGCGCGGCAGAGGUACCGGGAGAGCAGGCGGAUCCUCGAGGAGAUGCUGGCGGAGCUGCGGCAGGCCUGGGGCGCCGGCGGGAAGGGAGACGUCUCCGGCCCCUCUCGCCCGGGCUCUGCGGCCCCCGGCCAGGCAGCGCCGGGCUGCGAGGCGGCCUCCAGCCCGGCGCCAGGGAGCCGGAGGGCCGAAGGCCAAGACACCCGCGCCGGCCGCCCGCCCACCGGCGCCUCGCUCCUAAAACCCGCCGGCGGAGCCUGUGCGAGACCCGGAGGCAGCGUCGCCCAGGACGUCGGCCGGCUGCCGCCGCUGGCUCUUGCUCCGGCUCCGCGCUGCGCCGCCCGGCCGUGCCCCCCCGCCUCCAGCAAGCCCCCGGCCCGUGGGGUGGCCGCAGCCCCCCACGCGCGCCCGCCGCCGGCUGAAGCCGCCCAGUACUUCCAGGUUUCCAGCCGGAGCAGCCUCUCCUCGGACGACUCGGACUCGCACGCCUCCGCCGAAGAGCUGCCGGCGGCCCGGGGCGCCGCGCCGCCCUGCCCCUCCGUGGAGCCCCCGCACGUCGAGUACCUGGAGAAGCCCCUCGCCGGCGGCCCGGCCGAGGCGGCCGCCGAGUGAUGGCACCGUGCCGAGCCGGGCCCCCGCUCCCCGGCGCGGGCGUCCUGUGCGGCCACGUCCCGCGCCUGCGGCCGGGCACCGGGACCCGCUGCCUGACGCUCGGCCUUGCACGGGUCCUCCGUGCUUGGCGUUCGCCCCGCUGUGGGGUGGCAGCGACCUGAUUUCCCGGCCCACGGGAUUUAACAACCUAGUGUGCAGCAGUCGGCACGCAAAGCGCCGUCACCCGCGCGGGCGCCGCAGCCCUGCCCGAGCGCCGGCGGCCGGCUCGGUGCUGGCAUGCGUCAGUGGUGCGGGACAAGGCCGUGCUCCCUGCAGAGCCAACCCGGCCCCGGAGCCGAGGAGGCCCGCGCCGCGGGGCGGGCAGCACGCCGAGCACGCCGAGCAUGCCUCGGCGCUGCCCCGUGCGUGCCAGCCGCGGCUCCCCAGCCCUGCUCCUCUGCCACGCUCUGCUUACCGCUCUCCUGAGCUCCAGCUGCUGCAGCUUAGACACUAAUUUCCUCAGUAGCACUUUUAUCACUGCUUUACUGAAAUCCCCAUAGCUGAGAUCUAUCACUUUACUUUUGGCUUAAAAAUAAUUAUCAUCAAGAGAUAUCGGCGGCAGUUUGCACGAUCCAUCUCUGGUGAGCCCAGUCGGCUUUGCUCCAUUUUCCAGUUACUGCCACGUCCUGCAUUUUACUGAGGUCACGGCAGCCAGAUCACGUUCUCCCCCUCCUCACGUUGCGACGUUCGCCGCUGUCCGAACAGCGGGUCCUGCACCAAGUCCAAGGGCUGCAGAAGUCGGAGUUGAUGCAAUGCAAAAUGCCGCCUGCGGAGAGCGUUGGCUCUCGGCUCCUGGAGCACCGCGGCCGCCGCUGGGCGAAGCCCCGCUGCCGGCGGCCGCGUGCCGGGCGCGCUCCCGCGGGGCGCCGGGGCCGCGUGCUGCCGACUCCCCGCUCCGACUGUCCCCGCUCCGGCGUCGCCCGGGACGCAGGAGAGCAGCGCCUGCGCCUGUCCGCCGCGGAAGGCGCAAGCCUCGUCCGCCUCCAAGGACGCUCGAAGCCGGGCCCGGCCGUUCCCACGCUCGACUUCCUCCUCUGCCGAGGGAUGAUUUGCUGCAUUAGCAUCCGCGUAUGCAGGCGCCUCGGUAACACCUGCGUAUCCUGCCCAAACUUCUCGUCGGAUACCAAUUAUUUCCCGUCACGUGCUCCAUCUUUCAGAGAAAUCCUUAGCUUCAGCAGCCAGGGUCACCGGUGCGGGCAGCGUCGCGGCUGCGCUGCACGGGCCCCGCAGCGGGCAGCGCGCCCGUCCCGGCCGC